AUGAACUAUCGACAUGUGCACAGUACGGAGAGGAAUGCGAACAUGGCCACAAAUUAUGCUGUCAUCCAUACAAAUGUGGAUCACACGACACGCCAAACAAGAGUCUGUGUACCAAAUGUCGAAAUGGCAAUGAGACUUGCUUAUACCGAUGGGAAUGCUGCAGUGGUCAAUGCAUUUUCUUCCAAUGCGUAUGAAAGAGGUGAUAAAUAUCGAAAUUACUACCUCGAUCCACAAAUGUAUCUUCAUGAAUACUGA